AUGGGUCGAUGGCCAACGCCUAUGCCAAGCGUCAUGCGCCCAUACCAAGCAAGUCGUGCGGUUAUACCUAGUGAGCCAUGUGUCGAGGAUGAGCGGCCACCCUAUGCAUUGGGUGUGGCUUUCUCCUCCUCUAUGGAGUCUGAUGAUGGUAGUUCUGGUUCUAGUUUUAGUCCUUCGCAAAGUGUUGAUUCAGUCUCUGACUCGUCUGUUCAACUCUCUGAGUCAAGUAGUGAAGAUGAUGUUGCUAUUGUUAGGAAUAAUUUUUACACCAGGAUUGGUCGUCGAAAAAUUCCUCCUAAUGUCCCAAUUGUUCUGAUUGACGAUAUAUCUUUCCAUAGUGAGGAUAAUGUUCAACGUUGGAAAUUUGUGGUGCAACGUUGUAUCGUUGAUGAGAAAACUUUUUCUGACCAGACCAAAUCAUGUUUGAAAAUUAUGGAUCUUCUUCAACAUGUUGGACUUCUUAAGACUGUUGUGAACCUUAGUCCUUUUUAUCCUCAGUUACUGAGAGAGCUUAUUGUCAACCUUCCCUCUAAGUUUGAUGAUCCCAACAAUCCAGACUAUAAGAAGAUUCACACUCAUGGUAAUUGCUUCUUCAUUUCUCCUGCCACUAUUAAUGCUUAUCUUGGGCGUACAAAGUCUCCUCCUUUGGGUGAUUCCCAUCCUUCUGUUGAGGAGUUCAUUGCUGAGCUUACAGGUGGCAUUGCAAAUUGGUGCCCUUCAACGCAUGGUUCCAGUCUCUCUCCUUCUCUAGCUAGUCUUUUGUAUCAAAUUGGUAUUAUGUCUACUUUUAACUUUGAAGUAUUUGUGUAUAACCAGCUUUUUAGGCAUGCUGACUCUUUUGCUAUCAAGCUACCAAUCAAUCUUUCGAGGAUUUUCUUUGGUCUUCUUUUAUCUCAAUGUCCAAUUAUCCUUGGCCCGAAUGAUGCUCCUAGACCCAUUCCUAAGCUUCUUAACCUCUACUACAAGAUUUUUCGGGGGACUUAUGCUCUGGACAAUGUGCACAACAUUCAUCCUCCCAAGGCCUCUAACAUUCCUCUUCUAGAGGAUCUUUAG